AUGUCAUCAGGAUCAUGCAGAAGCUUAGGUUUAAGAAACGGCCUCCAAAGAUACCUUUCAAGAAACAAUCCACAGAAUGUGAGAUUCCCUAUUCCAAGACAGCAAACUUCAUACACUUUUGCAAAAGUUGCUGAAUAUAUCGAGAAAGAUUUGAACAAAGCUGAAAUUCUCUAUAGAAGAGCUAUAGAAAACGGAGAAAGGCCAGAAUCAGCACUCAAAGAUUUAGCAGGAGUUCUCCAUCAGCAAGGCAAAACAAAGGAUUAGGAUUAUUAAAAGUUAGGCGCUAGCCAUAUUGAUGACGCAUGACCAAAUAUCUCCCGUACGGGAGGUUCUACCACUUUUUGACUUCAGCCCAGAGGGUCUAUCCCUCUUACGAGUGCCCUUCUGGUGCCUUCUAUCUCCUCCUUACCAUGGGCCCUCGGAUCCAAAGGACGUUGUGAACACCUCCAUUUCCAACCACAGGAAAGCAGCCGAACCUAUCCAGAUACACACCUCUGGAGCCUGCACUUGAUUCUCGGCUCGGAGUAUAUUCCAGUUCGCCGUAGCUAUAAGGUCUGGACUGCUGCGCCAACAGGGCAGGUUGACAAGUGUCGCCAUUUUAAUGUAUAUAGGCAAAACAAAGGAAGCCUGCGACUUGUUGCAAAGUCACAAACAUCUGUUCGUAUCAGAUCAAGCUAGAUAUGAAAAUUUGUUGAGAAACCUUCAAAAGCAAAUAUUCCCUUCCCAAAAUACAUUCAAUAAAGCGGUCAAAAUUUCUGGGCUUGGGGUUAUGUCAGAUGAACUUACAGUCCGCGGAAUGUUCCAGAAACCUUCAAGAAUCCUUCAUAUAGAAAUCAAUUCAGAUCCAGAUUCAUCUGGAAAGAGUAAAUUCGCAAUAGUCAGAUUUGCAAGCCAUUCAGCUGCGAGGAAAACAUUAGAAGGACUAAUAGACAUGACCAGAUAUAAACUCGAGUGGGUUUCAGUUAAUGGGGAAAUCACAGGCGAAGUUAUUUUUGAUAAGACAGCUACAGCUGGCAAUAUUAUCAAAAGUUCUCCUCAAAAAAAGAAUCCUGAGCCAGUUUAAAAAUAGAUAAAUAAAAUGGUGAAGUUGAGAGAAAUUGGUUUCUGAGGCGCACUCCCUAUGGAGCAGGUAUGGCUAAUCCUAAUAAAGCUGAAAGCAGAGCCUCUGUCCCUUUUGAAAUCUCUCCUGAAGGUUUUUCUGUCCCUGACAGAUGAGAUUUUCCCAUGUUGGGAUAAUCGGGGGACUCUACAGUUGUGGCUCUGCCCUAGGGAGUCGAUACCUUGAAUAGAUACUUCAGAUCGGAAAUUCAAAAUGAUAGCCCUUUCAUUUCCCUAUUUUGCUCCUUUGGACGAUAUAUGCUGCUAUUUUGGAGCCAAGUCGAGGCAAAGGCUAGUGGACUUGCCUGCUUAUGGCCAGUUUAACCUUUUUAUUGAAUUUAAGCCAGUUUAUUAUUCUUAUUUCGCAGAUAAGCCAUACCAGCCAUUUGAUGAUAUUGUUGAUGAAUUGCUUGAAAAUUCACUUUUUACCUAUUUGGCAAAGCCAUCUUUUUAG